AUGCAGUGUUCUCCAGGAGACCCCGCUCAUGUCGGUUGUCUCUGCCAGGUGUUCAUCAUUUUAUUUCCCGUCAUGUGGCCUCACUUUUCAACUGCAGCCUGGACGAAGUCUCUUAUUCAUGGCCCUCCACCGACAGUCGUUGAAGAGAAGGUUGAUAAUUCAGACGGUUGGGCUGCACUGGCUAGACAGUGGGUUAAUCAGCGUAACAGCCAAAUGCAGUCCAAUUAUGCAAGCAGUGUUGCUCCUCCCCCACCGCCGCCGCCGCCACCACCACCACCUCCUCCCCCCCCACCACCUCCACCACCAAGUGUGGUAUCGGGAUCAUCAACUCAGUUGCAACCUGAUGCGAAUAGCGUCAUUUCUAACGUGGCACAAGACAAUACCGACCACUUAAUCAUUCAGAACCCUGUAUUCUACUCACAUGAAAACACUUCAUGCUCUCAAGAUGUAUGGCAAACAUCAGGAACCCCAGUGACCUCUUCGACCGUAUGGUCCGCAGCUGAAAAUCCUCCACCGCAAAACUUGUGGCCAGCCUCUCAAAAUCCUACGCUUCCGCAAAAUACGUGGUCAGCUCACAACAGCUACAUACAUCCACAAAAUACAUGGUCUUCUGUGAAUUGCAUGCAUCCACAAAGCACAUGGUCUGGCUAUGAAAAUCAUGCACCUCCACACACUGUUUGGCCCUCACAGGAGAAUUCUGUGUCUUCACAAAGUAGGUGGGGAGUGCCUGAAAAUCAGUCUGUAAACCAAGUAUCACAGGGAUAUCAACAUAAUGCUGUUGUGCCAAACUGUUCCUUUCAACAUUACGAGCCCGGCAAUCGUCAAUAUACCAACCAUCCAUCCAAUGAAAUCUCGGACAUUCCUACUAUGCAUUCUAUACCACCUUAUGGGGAACCGUAUUCCAACCCGGGAAAUGCUUAUAAUCAUGAUAUGCGCUACCAAAGGAGAUGGAAUCAAAAUGAUCAGAAGAGUUAUGACUGUGAUGGUCAUAACUCAGAAGCUUAUGACUACCAUCACUCGCAUACUGUUGAAAGGCAUUUCGAUCCAUCAGUUGCUAGACCUUAUUAUCCUUACAGUGAGGUAUAUCCUCGUUCUAACCAAAGCGGUCGUAACAUGUGGCCUAGAAAUCCAGAGCCUCGUGAAACCACAGAGAGGUUUCAUUCGCCUGCAGAGCUUAGUGGUAUGCCUUAUCAACGCCCAGGUCAUUACAAUCAAGCAAGGAUGGACGAACCUAGAUAUGCUCCUUGCAGAGAGCAUAUGCCUCAGAGGUGGAAAGUAAUCACUUUCGUGGACGAAAACUGGAAAGAUGUUGAUAUUCGUCCUGUUCCAUUUGGCGAUGGGAAUAAAUCCAAGGACAACAGACCCAUUUCUCUUAUUCCUACACCAACAGAACUGCCAUGUAAGCCACGGGGGCGCAUUGCACAACCACCGGUACCGGAACAUCUGAUACCAGCUUUUGAAGAAGCUGCUGUUAGCACUGGAGCAUGGCCUCUUAAAGGAUUGGAAUUGGAGCAAACUGGAGCCGGUGGUGUCAAACCACGAGCUUUACCUGCUUGGCUUCGUGAUGAGUUGGAGAAAUUGGAAAAGAAAAAGGCUAAAGAACUAGCAGCCGUUGCUGGAGCUACCGUUUUAGGAGCUGCUCCAGAUGCCAAAAGGGAUGAUGAAGGUGACAUCGUGAUGGAAGACGAAGCCAAAUCCGAUGUCCACACACUUAACUUUUCCUUACUGAAUAACAACGAAGAGUCGGAUGGCGGUGACUAUGAAAAGGAAGAAAGUCCUGUCGCUACAGCUAAUUCUGAAAGUAUUUUAUCCAAUACUACUGCAUCAUUAACGCCUGUCCAUCCGUUAACCCAGCAAGAAUUUCGUGAGUUAUUCGCAUUAUUGUCGGAGGAAGAACAACGAACAGAAACGGCUCGCUUUAUUACUCGCACUUUGACAGAAGCACUGCUUGCAGUUACAACUGAACUAAUCGAUGAUAUAGUGGACGAGGUUAUGACUUCAGAAGCUAUUUCAAACAAACCAGAGGCUACAGCAUCAAAGGAUGAUGGGUCAAUUGUUGAAAUAAAAUCUCCUCUUUUAGGUCUAGUUUCAUACAAUAGUGAAAGUGAGUCAGAUUCGGAGCCGAGAAUGGAUUACAGAAUACGUUCCGAUAAUUUAUCAGGUAUCCUACCAGUUGAUGAUGAGGCUGAUGAUGUAAAACGUGGUUCUGCAUCACAGAAUUAUCUUAAUGAUGAGAACAACGAAAAUGAUCAAAUUGCCCCGAGCAAUGUGAAACGUGAAGUUACACAGGAAAAGCAUGAUAGAAAACAUUCUCAUUCUCCCAGUUCUCGUCAUAAAUCUUCGAAGCGCUAUAAAAGCGAUAAAGAAAAACAAAUAAAUGUUAAGACUUCACGAAUUCAAACCAAACACUCAAGUCGAAGAAAGACAACUUCCCGUCAUUCCUAUCAUAGUCGUAGAAGCGAUUCUCGGGAUUCGAUAACUUCGACGGAAUCUCGUUCAAACUCCAACCAUUCAAGCCAAAGAAUGGGUUCACAUCGAUCUAGUCGACAAUCCACAAGUCGAAGUGGUGAUGUUGGGUCAUCAAGACAGGUAAUAUCAUCAUCUGAUAUGAAAAUGCACGCGCUCCAAACCAUUCGAAAGCUAAUAUAA